AUGGCGCGGCGGCUGAAAAUGUUCUCUCUCUUUCCCCUCCUCAUUGUGGUUUUGCUGUUGAAGGGCGUGACGGUGGGGAGGGCCCAGUCGGGGUGUGCCGCGAGGACUUUCGCCGGCAACCGCAAAUACGGCCUCUGCAGCGAGCUCCCCAGGCUCGGAUCCACCCUACACUAUACUCACGACACAGGGUCCUCCCUCCUCCGGCUGGCGUUCUCUGCGACUCCUUCCGCCUCCGGGGGGUGGAUCUCCUGGGGAAUCAACCCAAACGACCUGAAAAUGAUCGGCACGCAGGCGCUCCUCGCCUUCCGCACUUCAAACGGCUCCAUUGACGUCGACACCUACAAUAUUAGUUCCUAUAAGGUGCGCAAGUCCAAGAUCGACUACGAGGUCUCAGAUCUGGAGGCGGAGUAUGGAUCUGAUGGAGUGAUGACGAUCUUCGCCACCAUGAAGCUGCCUGCGGGGACAACGAAGGUGAACCAGGUGUGGCAGGUCGGUCCAUCCGUUCAAGACGGCAACCCCAUGAGGCACUCAUUCGAUCCAGCGAACUUGGCAGCCAGAGCCACCCUGGAUUUAGCCGCCGGCGGCGUCUCUUCAGAUGGUACCACCAGCUCGAGGCUUCGCAGGGCAAAUGUGAGAAUGCUACCACUCCUACGCCCUCUCACUGUGCAUAAUUCCUCCGUCUCAGAACGCAUUUUCUGGCUAUUUACUCGACAGAAUCUAGAUUUUCUUGCCGUAGACUAUGGAAUCAGUUCGGCAUUUCUCCUUCAAAAGUUUCGGAUUAGAUUUGUUGGAGCCUCGUUUGACAUAAUCUUCGGUGUAGUGAUGGCCUGCCGCGAGAAAUCGAGUCAUCUCUUCAUGAAUCCCGCUUCUCUGAUGUUUCUUAUCUCAUGCGACGGUUCAAUUUUAGAAAAUUUACAUGAAUGUUUGGCUCCACGCUCUUCUGGAAUCCUAUCUAGUCACUCGUCGAGGUUUUGUUGGGCAGAUUCAUGGGGUCCUGAACGCCGUGGGCUGGGGAGUCCUCAUCCCUACCGGUGCGAUCAUUGCGAGAUACCUGAGGACCGUUAAGUCCGCAGACCCUGCCUGGUUCUACCUUCACGUGGCGUGCCAGCUCUCCGGCUACUCCCUGGGGGUCGCCGGCUGGGCCACAGGCCUCAAGCUGGGGAAGGAUUCGGAAGGAGUCCAGCACACCACGCAUCGCAACCUCGGGAUCGCCCUCUUCUGCGUCGCAACCCUCCAGGUUGGUCAUCUCCUUCCCCUUCUUCCUCCUCGUCGGAUCCCCCUUUCCUCCUCUGGUUCUGGUCCUAGUCCUGAGCGAGUUGCUCUGCUCCAGGUUUUCGCCCUCUUUGUGAGGCCGAGCAAGGAGCACAAGUUCCGCCUCUACUGGGCAGCCUACCACCACCUGACGGGCUACGUCGUCAUCGUCCUCGGCAUCGUCAACAUCUUCCGCGGCUUUUCCAUCUUGAAGCCUGCCGACCGGUGGAAGACCACCUACAUCGCGGUGAUCGCCGCCCUGGGCGGCAUCGCCGUGCUCCUGGAGCUCGUCACCUGGGCCAUAUACCUCCGUCGGAGGCAGGGGAAGAAGACCGCCUCCAACACAGAGAAGCUCCCCACCAACUGA